AUGAACCCAAUUACACCUGCAGAGAGAGCUAAAUAUGCAGAGAUCUUCCAAGCAAGAGGGCAAAUGAAUGGCUACAUGCCUGGCGCAACUGCUAGAGAUGUUCUUUUGAAUUCCAAUCUACCUCCUCAUCGACUGGAACGCAUCUGGGAUCUUGCUGAUAUAGACAAGGAUGGAAAUCUUGAUUUUGAAGAAUUCUGUGUGGCCAUGCACCUCACAUUUAGCUGCAUCAAUGGCAUUGAACCACCAAUGAGUUUACCUCCUCAUCUCGUGCCUCCAAACAAAUCGCACUUUUUUGCAAUCCAACCACAACAAACAGCAGUAUACGCACAGCCAACUGGAUAUGCCUACCAAUCUCCCAACACGUAUGCGCCAUACAAUUCUUACUCGCCUCAGCAUAACAUCCCACAACCACCACUACCACAAAGCGCCCCAGAGUUUUCGUGGGAUAUGACAUCACAAGAACUGGAGUCUUAUCAGCGCACAUAUUCCAAGUAUGCUCAUAACAGUGAGAAAGCCAAAUUUGUCCAAUUUGAGGAUUUCUAUUCAUCUCUCGGCCUCUCUCGCACCGACUUGACUAAUGCCUGGGCCCUAGUGAAUGUUAACCGGACAACCGCCAUCACUAAGGACCAAUGUCUCACAUUCUUCCAUAUCCUUUCUCAACGCCAACAAGGCACUAUUAUUCCCAAAACUCUUCCUCCUGAUCUCCAGGAGGCCUUUGGAAGUGAAUAUGAAGGAAGUCUAAGAGACCGUGUGAGCACUGGAAAGUACCGGGACGACAGAGGUCCAAAGUCAGCUAAUAAACGGGAAGAGGAAGAUCGCCUAAAACGCGAACUAGAAGAUCUCAAGCGCCGUGUUCGUGAUGCUGAAGAGCGUGCAUCCGAACCCUCAAAGGAAGACACGAGUGCGUUUGGAUCGCGACCAUUGAAAGAUCAAUUCGAAGCUCUGUACGAGUAUAAGCUCCGCCAAUUGACUGAUCAGAACGAUGUAGAAGCCAAAGUACGACAGCAGGAACGUGACAUUGAGGCUGCUCGCGAUGCUGUGCGUCGAUUGACUCGGGUAGUAGACGAUGUUAGAAGUCAAAAGAGAGAGAUGGAGACAUUGUUGGAGGAUACACGCGCGCAGGUGCAAAACACAUACAAACAGAUGCAUUGAUUAAACAUGUCCGCUGGACAGAAGCAUACUAUCUUUAAUUUCCUCCCAACUGUCCACACAAUAUAUGGUUUUUUGGUGGUUAUUGGAAGAAGAAAGGGGUUGAAUAGAAAAGCCGUUUUCCUUU